GAGGUAUGGUGGGCAGUGCAAAUAAAACGGUGAUAUUAUCUCAAGUUUUUCCGAUGCCACGCAACGAGGCUCAAUAAAGCGAUUAUUGUUACGAAUUGGAAUCUCUGGCCGCGUUUCGAUCCCUCGCGCGCUGUCGCGUAGGCACGACGUUGCAGCAUGGGUCUGUGCAAGUGUCCGAAAAGAAGAGUAACGAAUCAAUUUUGUUUUGAACAUCGGGUCAAUGUAUGCGAACAUUGCAUGGUCACGGGUCACCCAAAGUGCAUAGUGCAAUCAUAUUUACUGUGGCUCCACGACCAUGAUUAUAAUCCAAUUUGUACGCUGUGUUCGGAAAAAUUGAGCGAUGGCGAUUGUAUAAGAUUAACCUGCUAUCACAUGUACCACUGGGUGUGUUUGGACCGAUACGCCAGAGAUCUGCCACCAACUACUGCACCAGCGGGUUAUACUUGUCCUACAUGUAAAGCGUGUAUCUUUCCACAGCCAAAAUUAGUGUCCCCAGUCGCAGAUGUUCUGGUUGAGAAAUUGGCCACUGUCAAUUGGGCUCGAGCAGGUCUUGGUUUGCCAUUGCUAAGUGAAGACAGGGAACAAAAGCCAGAACAAGAACGUUCUUUGAUAACAGUGGAAAAUUCUCUGUUCCAAAAUCACACGGCUGCUAUACCAUCGGCGCCUACAGUGGCGGUGUCCCGUACAAGCAAUACCAUAAAUUCCAAUUCUAUUGUCAGCAACGUACAUACAAACAAUCAAAAGCUUGGUCCACCUUAUUCAGUUGUAAAUAUUGAUUCGUCACUAGGAUUAUCCGCUCCAGGAUUGAGGAAGGUAUGCGAAGCUUACGACGAUCCAAAGGACAUGUCCUUCGAUCAUGAUGAGAACAAAUAUCAACGCAAGUCAGCUAUAGAAUGGUUCCGGCGAUGGUGGAAACUGAUAUCGAGAGCACCAGUACGACGGAAAACCGCAGGAUCUUUGUAUAAGAGAUACGCGGUAUUGUCUGUCAUUGGUAUAUUAUUCUUUGUUGGAAUUAUUUUGCUCUUUUCGUGGCUGGGUAGAAUGGCGACGGAGGGUGAUCCGAGUUUCGACGUGAUAGCGAAUCCUAAUCUGAGAUUUGGCAAUAAGAUUUAAUACAUCGUGCAUCACGAACGGUAAAAAUCAUCGAUCUGUCAGGGAUGGACUAAAAUUAUAUCUCUGGAAAUGUGAGAGACAUUGCAAUUGCUAAUACAUAUAACUGGAAUGCAAUUAUAAUAUGUAAGAAUGCACAAUUUUUUAGGACAGUAGGGCGUAUCUAUUAUAAGCUAGUGUACGUAACAUUUGUUAAUUUUUAUGUAAAUUAUCUCGCAUCCAAGUUGUACAUUAAAAUCUGUAAAGACUUGUCGAUUUAUAAUCUAUGAAGCUAUUGUACGAAAACUGUGGUAUUAAAAACUUGUUUUCUUAUCCA